AUGUACAAGAAUUAUCCCUUGAACAAAAUAGCUGUUGUCAUCUGUGCCAUCAACAUUACACAUGACACUCUGGUGUCCAAAUCUUCUUUCCAAGAAUUAUCCUCAGAAGAAGAAAACUACAGUGUGGUUCUGGCCCAGCUAUCGUGUAAGGCUCUUGCUGAUGAGCUGGAGUAUGAGAUCAAGAAAAUUGGACCAAGAAGGACUGUAAAUUCGGGGACAUUUCGACUCAACCCUGAUGGCUCACGAGGGAAAAAAAAGAUUCCUUUUGCAAAGUCAGAGACCUUCUUAACAGACAUUUUGGAAAAUAUAUGCGAUCGGAUGAAUGAUUACAAACUUGAGGAUGAUCCUGUAACUAAGAAAAAGAUAUUCAAGAGAUAUGCUCCGAGGAAGGAUGAGGAAAUAUAUCCAAUAUAUAAACAAUAUUUCUUUUAUUCUGAUGCUUAUAAACCCUUGAAAUAUGCGUGUGAGACUAUCAUAGAACAGUAUGAAGAUGAAAUAUUCUCAGUUAUCACUCGGGAGUCACACUCUCUGGCUGACAAGCUGUGCAUUGAAAAAUCAGGUCUUUGUCAAGAAGAUGAGACGCACACUGAACUUUAAAAGGCAACUAUUAUUAUUAUUAUUAUUAUUAUUAUUAUUA